AUGGAAAGGGGAGCGAUGGUCAACAUGAAACUUCUGGACAAGUCUCCGCUGCUGCAGGAUUUGCUGCUGCUGCUUAUGCAGCAGCAGCAGCAGCAGCCUGUGCUGCGUCUUGCUGCAUGCCACCCAAUUUUUUGGGCUGCGCCAGACAUGCUUCUGUUUCUUAAGACAUUUAGACUUAUGCUGCAGCAGCUUGGCGAAGAGGAGCAGCAGCAGCAGCAGCACAAAUGCAGAGAGGUGACAGAAGCAAACAUCUGUACCAGCACCACCGACAGCAGCAGCAGCAGCAGCAGCAAGAAGCAGCUGGAUUCCUCUGCGAUAGCCCCAGACGCUGCUGCAGCAAAACCUUCACCUCGUGCCCCAUCCCCCGGACCAUCAUCAGCAUCUUGUGGUGCUCCUGCUGCUGUUCCGGCUGCCCGUGCAGCAACAGCAGCAGCAGCAGCAGCAGGAGUUAGCAGCGAACAUCAGCAGCAGCUAAAGAAAGCAUUAAAUAAAUUAAAAGAAAUGAAGUUAGGAGAAGAUGUGCUUCAAUCUGUUUGCUGCGAACCUCAUCUACGCCAUACAGGAAAAAGGCUAUUCCCUCAUCAUACAACGCUAUUCGGACCGCCAGAAACGCCAGCAGCAACAGAAGCAGCAGCAGACUCAGAAGCAACAGGUGCUGCUGCUGCUACUGCUGCAGAUACAGCACAUAAGCCCGCAGAUGCCACGUAUGACUCUGCUGCUGCGGCAUGCAGCAGCAGCAGCAGCAACAGCACCGAAGGUACAGUGCAAGAUGCUGAGGGGAGGUCCCCUGAAGCAGCAGCAACAGCAACAGCACCAGCAACAGAAGAGGAGCAUGAAUGCUCUCCCCUGGGCUCAGCAGCAGAAGCUACAACCAGUGCUGCUGCUCCUGCUGCUGAUAGCGGUGCUGCCGAUGCUGCUGCAGAUGCCGAGACAGCAGCAGGAACCCCAGAAGCGCCAGUGCAAGACUCUGCUGCUACUGUAGAUGAUGCUGCAGAAGAGGAUCAAGCACCAUCUGCAGCAGCAGCAGCAGCAGCAGCAGCACCAGUUGCUGGUGAAGAAGACGCUGCAACAGCAACAACAACAGCAGCAGACGUAACAAAUGCUGCAGCAGCAGCAAAAACAGCAAAACCUCCUUUCUCCGUAUUCGAGUUCUUGCAGCUACUGGCUGCCUUCGCCAACGACGGGGAGUUUACCGAGGAAGAGUGCAGCAGCGUCCUUGUGAAGCUGCUGCAGCAGCACCCGCAGCUGCUGCUGGCAGCAGCAAGGUCGGGUUUAGAGCCUCUUUUCUUAAUGGCCUUCCCCCCUGUAAGCGAUCCUGCUGCAGCAGCAGGAAGACAGGAAGCAGCAGCAGCAGCUGCUGCUGCUGCAGCUAAUCGGUUGUCCACAACAGCACCAACACCCGAGGAGUCCGACGGCCACUUGUUACACCCCCAGCACCACCAACCACCGCAGCCGCAACAGCAGCAACCGCAGCCGCAACAGCAGCAACCGCAGCCGCAACAGCAACAACAGCAGCAGCAACAUGCCGCAACCAUACAGACACAAGAGGAUUUUGCUGCUAAAUCAUCCCCUGACGUUAAGCAACAGCUGCUGCAGAUGCAGCAGCAAAUAGAUAAUCGUGUCCAUGAUGCAUUUAAGCAUCAUCUAGUGCAGCAUGUGCUGGAGAAAACAUCCGAGCAGCAGCAGCAGCAGCAACAGCAACAGCAGCUGCAGCAUGAUUCUCCUAAGCAACAGCUCAUGGAUAGUGUCAGGGCAUGUGCCCCACCCGAGCUGCAGCUGCAGCACGAUCAAAAGGCUGCUGCUAUAAAGCAUCAGCAGCAGCAGCAGCUGUUGCUGCAGAUGCUGCAGGAGCAGAACGUCGAACAUGAUCAGUGUCGGCAGCACCACCAACUCUCUGGGCAACAGCAACAGCAGCUGCAGCAGCAGCUGCAACAGCUGCAGCACCAACAGCUCCAACAGCAACAGAUUCAGCAGCAACAACUGGAGAAACAGCAAAUGAAGCAGCAGCAGCUACAGCAACAGCAACAACAGCUGCAGCAGCUGUUGCAGCAGCAACACCCCGAGUACGGCAUGCAACUCCAACAGCAACAGCAGCAGCAGCAAGAGAGGCUUCCCUUAGGGCAACAGCAGCAGGCGUGGGGACCCGCAGCAGCAGACAACGCUCAGCUGCUGCAGCACCUGCAGCAGCUAAUGAAGGUCUUGCACCCACAAUCAGCAACCACAGAGGAGGCAGCAGCAGCAGCGGCCGCUGCUGCUGCUGCUGCUGCAACAGCACAACGAUUACCAACUGCAGGCCCCGCACAUGCCCCGGAUCUUAAUGCCCAAACUGAACCAACGCUGCAGCAGCUGCAUUCGCAACUGCAGCAACUGCAGCAGCUGCUGCAGGUGCAGCAGCAGGGGGACCAAACCACAAUCGAUAUGCGGACAAUUGAUCUUCCGCAGCAACUGCAGCAGCAGCAGCAGUUUCCAGCCCCCCAACACGAGCAGCAACAACUGCAGCAACAGCUACAGCAGCAGCAGCAGCAGCAGGUGCAGCAGGAGCAGCAAGAGCAGCAAGGACCUGUAUAUGGCAUACAAAAGAUGUUAGCUAUGCGCCCUAGCAGUAUGCAGCAGUUUAUUGCUGCGGGAGGGACGCCGUUGCUGCCGCAAGGGACUCUGUUACUUGUUAGCAGCAGCAGCAGCAGCAGCAGCCCCGAGAAGGAUUAUAUAGGCAGGGGACCCAGGCGACAACAGCAGCAGCAACAGCCGCAGCAACAGCAGCAGGAGCCUCGCCUGCAGCAGCAGAGGCCAAGACAGCAGCAACUCAAUGACCUGCUGCUGCAGCCGCUGCAGUACUUGAGGCAGCAGCAACUGCUCCGUAUGCAGCAGCAACAGCAACAGCAGCUGCUACUGGCAAACAAACAGCAACGUGGCCGCGCAAUAAGUCAGGGAAACGCCCAGCAGCAACAGCAGCAAGAUGGGGUUUCACCCAGGCAGAAUCUUCAACAGCAGCAACAGCCACCUCAGCAGCAGCAGCAUAUGCUAGGCAAGCACGAUACAAGAAGGCCACUGCAGCAACAAAGCACAGCAGCGCCAGGUGCAGCAGCAGCAGCAGCAGAGCCUUCUCUAGGACCUACACACACCAAGGGCGACGAUAGUCUUGCUAGCAAUGUGAAUGGAACAGCAUGCGGUGCAGCAACAGCCCCAAAUGCAGCAGCAGCUGUUGCUGCUGCUGCCGCUGCAGCAGCUGCUGCUAAUGCAGCUGGAACCGAUAGAGACGUGCUGCUGCAGCACCUGCAGCAGCAGCAACAGCAACACCUAAUCUUCGAGCCAACCGACUUGUAUUAUACGCAGGAAAGAGGCCAAAAGCAGCAGCCUUUGCAGUCUUUGCUUCCGGGGAAGCAGCAGCAGCAAGAGCACCAGCAGCAGCAGCACGGGCAGCAAAAGGCAGACGGGCCUAUAGAGCAGCACCUGCUGCAGCUGCUGCUGAAGGUAGCAGCAUCAAAAGGAACAAAUUAUGAAGAGAUGCUGCAGCAGCUAGCCGCCGCCGAGCAUAGGCGUUUGCAGCAGCAGAGGCUAACUCCGCAGCAUCCCCAGCAGCAGCAAGUGCAGCGGGAGCAGCAGCAGCAACAGCAGAACCAGCAGCAGAAUGAUCUGGGCUGUUCCACCGAAGAGAGGGAUAUUGUGCUAAAAGCUCAGCAGCACCUGCUGCAGCUGCUGCUGCAAGACCAGAGGCUGCUACAAGCAGCAGCAGCAAAAGGGGCACUGCAGGGCAGCUCGCUGUGGCGACAGCAGCAGCUGGCUGCUGCUGCUGCUGGAGUGCAGCAGCUGCAGCAGCAGGUAGCAACCGCACGCCAAUCCGGCAUCGCCGGCCCCACAGAAAACCUCCGCUUGGUUUCGCUGCAACAGCAGCUGCAGCAGCAGCUGCAGCAACUGCAGCAACUGCAGCAAGAGGCAGCAGCAACUCAAAUGAGACAACAGGCCUUCACCGAGUAUGAGAAAGCCCAACAACGGCAGCUACUAGCGCUGUUGCGGCAGCAGCAGCAACAGCAACAGCAGCAGCAACCGCACCAACAGCAGCAGCAGCAGCAACUGCAGCAGCAGCAGCCUCCAGUAAAACCAUGUACCUCUGUCUUUGCAGGGGAAUUUGCUGCUGAGGCAGAGCUGUGUCUGCGGCGGCUUAUGAAGGAAACGGGAGGAGCAGCAGCACAACCAGCAGCAGCAACAGCAGCAACAGCAGCAACCACAACAGCAGCAACAGCAGCACCAGCUGCUACUGCAGCAGACCCUUCUUGGCCAUUCAGAUGGCAUGCCCAUGCUAGCGAUGCUGCUUUUGCAGCAUGGCUAAAUGAAAUGCUGCAACAGCAGCAGCAACUGCAGCAGCAGCAGCACCUGCCUCACCAGCAGCAACUGCAGCAGCUGCAGCACCAGCAGCAACAAGUGUAUCAUCAGCAGCAACAGAAGCACCAUCUUGUGGUGCCGAGUAUGGAGGUGCUACACCCACAAUGCGUAAAGUACCAACAGCAACAGGUGCAGCAGCUGCAGCAACUGCAGCAAAUGCAUGUGCCGCUGCAGCAGCAGCAGCAGCAGCAUGUAUUGAACACAGCAGCAGUUCCCCCUGUCUGCGUCUCCAUGACUGCAGCUUUGCAGACUCAUGAAGGCCUCUCAGCACCAGCAGUAGCAGCAGCAGCUGAAGCAGCAGCUGCUGCUGCAGGCACCAACACGGGGUUGCUGCUACAGCGCAACCAAUCCGAUGCUGUGCAGCAGCAGCAGCAGCAGCAGCAGCAGCUAAAGGACAUCGCUGGUGGAGUCAGUCUGAGGCACAUGGCCGUCAGCGCAACCAACCAGCAAGACAGGCAGCAGCAGCUGUUGCUGCAGCAGCAACAGCAGCAGCAGCAGCUGAAGCAUCUGCGUCUUGUGGAACAAAACAUUCAUCAACAAGAGGAGAACAAGCAGCAAGUGCAGCAGCAGCAGCCGCUGCUGCUGCAGCAGCAAGAGCACCAAAUCGAAAUCGAUCCCUCUCCUCGUUGUAGGGAGGACUUGGGGGAGCAGCAACUACAGAAACAGCAAGAGCAGCAAGAGCAGCAAGAGCAGCAAGAACAGCAGCAACAGCAACAGGGACUUCAGCCGCCCUCCACUAGUACGGAAACACUUCAGCCUCCUCAGGAGCAGGAACAGCAGCAGGAGCAGCAAGAGGGGCACCAGCCACAGCAACAGCAACAGCAGCAAGAGCAGCAACAGCAACAGCAACAGCAACAAGAAGAACAACAGAAGCACCAGCAGGAAACCAGUCUACAGGAGCAGCACCAACAGCAGCAGGGACAACCACCGCAGCAAGAAGCCCAGCAACAGCAACAGCAACAGCAACAGCAACAGCAACCACAACAGCAACGCCAACCACAGCAACAACAGCAACAGCAGCAACAGCAGCAACAGCAGCAACAGCAGCAACAGCAGCAACAGCAGCAAAGACCCCAUAUAAAGAAGAGCAGCCGUAGAUCUCCCCAAAUGGGGUUGGCAGCAAAGGAAUCUGCACCUCGCCGCAGCAGCAAGCAGCAACAGCAACAGCAACAGCAGCAGGUGCAACAACAGCAGCAGCAGGAACAGGAGAAAGACAACCAAAGCAAAGGCGCAGCAGGCUUACAGAAACAGCAGCAGGUAACAGCAGCCAGUUGCACACGCACAAAGCAGCAGCAGCAGCAACAGCAACAGCAGCAAGAGCAGCAGCAGCAGCAGCAAACACCGGAGGUAGAGUCAAAAGCCCCUUCUACCUCGACAGCAGCACAGCAGCAGCCAACUGAAGUAACCCUUGAGAAGUCCGCAGCAGCAGCAACAGCAACAGCAACAGCAGCAGCAGAAACAGCAACAGAAACAGCAGCAGCAGCAGCACCCGUAACGGGUAGCGCCCCAGCAUCAAUACCGCAGCGUCCGCAGCAGCAACUGCAGCCACGAAAACAGCAGCAGCAACACCACCAACAACAGCAGCAGCCGCAACAGCAGCAGCAGCAGCUGCUGCUGCAGCAGCAGAAGAGAGGCGAAUGGUCUGUGUCUCCUCGGCUACAAAGUAAGGGAAGAGUAAAGCAGCGCAUGCGGCUGUAUGUACAAAGAACGCCAAAGCCUAAGACAGCAGCAUCAGCAGCAGCAGCAGCAGCAGCAGCAUCUAAUCGACAGCAGCAGCAGCCUCAGCCGCAGCAGCAGCAGAAGGUGGAGGGAGUAAAGGGUUCCUCUAGUACCGUAUCGAUAAGCACUGAUAAUGCAGCAGCAGCAGGAGCUGCUGCUGCUGAGGAAUAG